UACGAAGGCGGGCAGGGCAUGGAAGCUAGAACAAAUCCCGCAUCCAGCCACCGGUUUCUGCGGCUACCGGGAGCCAGUCCCUUUCCAGCCGCGGUCUCCGGCCACCAGCGCCCCAGUGCGGAGUAUCAGCCCCGCCGCACCUCCCAGGGCGGCUCCAGGUCUCAUUGUCUGCACGGUGCAGCCCCGAGGGGCACGGGGUGCAGCCCAGGCCCCGCCGACCCCCUACCCACCGCAGGCCGCCCGGCCGGGCUCAGCCCCACGCCGAGAGCCUGGCCGGCAAGGACCCCGCCCCGGGCUGCAAGUCGUCCGCGCUCGCCCGGAGGGCCACGCCGGGCACCGGGAAAAUGGAGCCGGCAGCGCCUCCCGGGCACCCAGAUCUCUCCUUUCCCCGACCUCGAGGGCCAGGCGGCGAAGCACUCACCGCGGCAGCCCCUCGGCCCUCCCGGAGCCCUGCGCACCGCAGCCGCCGCCGCCGCCGCCUGUCCAGGCGCGACGCUCCUCUCCAGAACGCUGAGAGCGGCCGCAGCUCCCGCGGCGCGCGCUCGGGGACUGACUGACCGAGCCACGGAGCGGGCGUCGGCGGGGACUGGGCGGGGCGGCCGCAGAGCCCCGCGGCGCGGAUCACAGAGCCCGCGCGUCGGGCCCCGGCGCACAGGGCGGGGCUGA